AUGAAAGGGAAAACGAAGUAUGAGAUCCCGAAGGCCGAGAGGAAGGGGCGUUGGUUUCUCGUGAGAACUGAAAGUGAAGAAAAAAAGAAAAGUUGGAAAGGGAAAGGGAAAGGGUUUCAACUAUUGAAUGGCUCACGCAUCGUAGAAUGUGCUUGCCCAGUAAGCUACCUAAUGGAACUCGUGGCCCUGCUCUUCACUCUCGUUUAG